AUGUAGAUUAAAAAAAGGACAUUUAGUACUUCAGGGUAGAAUUAGGAAAGUUUACCUUCGUAGCACAGUGAAUAUAUUAAAAUUUCCUAGGAUUAAAGUCCGACAUAAUGUUAGGUAAUCCAUAACGUUAUUCCUAAGAACAACUCUCUAGAUUCUAAUGUUUAGAGCAUUAAUACAAACAGCAAUAGCAAUCAAGUUAAUAAUCUUCUUUACAAAAUCAGCAUUUUAUCACCUAUUAAAAAACAUCCCAGAAACAGAAAAAAUAUUUACUCAAAGCAUAAUGAAUAGAACUAUUAUGAAGAGAUGGUAUCUCCUCUAGGGCAAUAACAUAUUUCUCAAUUUUCGAAUUAGAGUUCUAUUCAUAAUUUGUCCCUAGAUGAGGGUUCACUAGUGUAAAAUAAAAACAUACAAAAUUUAAAUUUUUUGGAAAGCGAUUUGUCUAAUGAGAGUAAUAACAACAGUCAGCUUUUUAGCGCUGCCAAGUUUGACAUCUUAGAAAACAGAUAGCAAAGUCAAGGAAAGAAAAGUGAGAUGCUUAGUAGAUAAAGAAAAUAGAUUGUUGGUAAGUUCUCAAAUUAACUUCCAUCAAUUUAAGCAUCAAAUAAUAGCGGAGAAUUAUCUAUGAUUUAGUCAAGAAAAUAAUCUGCUUAAAACAAUAUGUAGACUCCUUAAAAAAUUUAGAAGAGUAACUAAAAUAAUGGCUUUAAAAAUCAGCAAAAUAUGAAUGUUAAGAAAAUAAUGCCUCUUUUCAACUAGAACACAAAUUCAACAAGCAACAAUAGUAAUGUACUUACAUAGGAUAAUGACAUUUCCAAUCAAAAAAUAAAUAAUUAAGAUAAAAAUAUCAUUUAAUUUAGCGUUAUUGAUCAUUAAAAUUAGUAUAAUCCUGCUUUGUAUGGAGCUAAAGCAAGAAAAUUAAUAGACUUAACUGAUUAGUCUUAACAAAUUUCUAAGAAUAAUAUCAGACAGUCAUCUUAAAAUUCCAAAGAAAAUAGUCUAAAUGCUUCUUUCAAUAAUUAAUAGUUUCUUAAAUCAAACAAUUCUAGCUACAAGCAGCCUUAGAUUACUUAUUAGGCUGUUUAUGGCUCUGAAAACGAUAUAAUAGAAAAACAAGAAAAAACAAGUAUUCAUACUCCAGUAAAGUAAAUACAUAAUUUCUAAGGUGACGGCAUGUCCUACCAUGAAAGUCUUUCUUAAACUCCUGAAGUGAAGUCAUCUAUGAGAAAUUAAACUAAAUUUGAAAGAGCUAUGGAAUCAUAAAUCAGCUAAACAGUAAGUGUCAAUAAAAAUUUUGAUGAAAUAAAAUAGCAAAUAAACGUUUAGUCAUAGAGACAGCCUACGAAUAAUGUUUAUAACAAAAAUUAAAUCUUCAAGGUCAACUCUGAAUAGCAAUCAGCAUAAGUUAAAAUCCUUAAAAACAAGUCUAAUAAUGGUCAAACUAGCAGUAAUUAUCAAAAAUAACAAAUCUAAGCAGCUAAAUAAACUAAAAAUCCAAAAUAAAUAAGCACAGAAGGAGGAGGGGCUUACUCAGAAAACGACACAUAUGUAUAAAAGAUGAAGGGAGAAUAAUCUACUGGUACAAUGACAUCAUCCGGAAUAACAUCUAAAAAAAAUAGCCUUGUCUUAGUGAAGUAGAAUAAUAGGAUUAGAAACAAUCCUAAGGUUAUUAGAAUCAACUAAAUACAAAAUAUGAAUGAACUAUUUCCUGAAAAUUCUUAAAACAUGGCUCAUUCUUAAAUAGUUAUUUAAGAUGGUAAAAUAAUAUAAAAAGAAUUAAAUGUGAUUAAUUAAAAAUAAGCUAACUAAGCAUCAAGCUCUAUCAUUAAAAGAGAAAACAAUUAAUUAAAUAAUUAAUAAGCUUAAAAUUAAAAUGAAUAAUAAAAUUUAGAAUCUAACUAUGUAACUUUCAAGGAUAUUCCAGUAGCAAAUUCAUGUGAUCCAACGCUUUACAGAAUAAGUGCAUAAUCUUAAAUGACAAAAUAAAAUAUAAAUGAAAAUUAAAAUAAUACUAAUGCAAAGCAAAGCUAAAAUAUUGUUUCAUCUGACUCUACUCAAUAACCCCAAGAAAAAAUGAAUUUAAUAUAAAAUCAAAAUGAUUUAGAUAUUAAAGAGGACUAAAUGAGGAAUAGUGGCGGUGACAUGAAUGGCAUUGGUUAUACAAAAGAUGAAAUUGAAUAUACAAAGGAUGGCAUAGAAAUACAUAAAAUCAAGAAUUUAAGCAGUUGCUUUUCAAAUAGUGCUUUAAGUUAAUGUAGCAUUUAAACAAUAGGUUAAAUGAAUAGAAAAAAAAUAAACCUAACUAUGCUUGUCGCAUAUGGAGAACAGCUAUCUAAAUUAAAUGAUAUUUUUUAAGAAUUCGAUGUUUCAUCUUCUACUUAUUAUCUGAUUGAUAAUCCUAUCUUUCUUUAAAAUUUACUGCAAAAAUGCCACUGGUUUCUUGAUAUAAUUAACACUGAAAAAGACCUCGAGCAACUGCCUUUGCUAUUUAAGGAUGAGAAAUCAAGAAAAAUUAUAAAGUAAUCAAUGAUCUUUGAAAGAUGUGUUAUCGUUUUUAUUGCAUAAAAUUUGCUUGAUAAAGAUGUCUUCAACAACAAUUACAAAUACCUCAAAGGAAUUGUUCAUUAUGCCUACUAAAAUUACAUAAACACCAUAUCGAUCAUACACCAUAAGAUGGCUAACUAGCUUACUUUUUCUAAGCUCAAUAUUUAGUCAUAAAAUUAAUCAAAUAUUUACACUUUAAAAGGAAGCAAAAGUGAUCAAUUGCAAAAUGAUUAAACUUUCGCAGUUAACAAUAGCAAUUUAAUGAAUAACUAAACAAUUAGUACAAUAAAUAAUACAAAUACAGUAAGCACUUGCAUAAAUUAAGACGAAAAGAUAAAACAAAUAUCUAAAAACGCUAUUGAGUUUAACGAAGAUGAUGAAGACAUAGACCCUUACACUAAAUAACAGUUUAUGAAAUUAGUUAGAAGAUAAUCAACACAUAUUACCACUAAUUCAUCACCCCAAAGACCUCAGCAAAAGUGGAUAGUCACUUUAUUAAAUUAAAUCAGACAAAAUAAUGAAAUUACAAUCAACUCCUUUAAAAAUAUCUCAAAAAAUGACAAAGAAUUCUACACUUACAUUCUUAAUUUUAUAAAAACUAUUGAUAGAGGUAACUCAGUUAAUCAAAUUUACAAUAGCAUGCUUUAGUAUUUUAGUCUUUAUCUUAUCCAAAGAUAUUAACAAAUGGAUACUCCUCUUCAUUUUUCUAUCCCAUUCUUGUCAACCGCACCAGCUCCUUAUUUACCAGAAAUGGAUAAAAAAUACAAUUACACUUUGGUACUAGAUCUAGAUGAAACAUUAAUACAUUACACAGAAGCCUAUAAUAAUGUGAAGCAAUUCGUAGUAAGGCCAUAUGUUUAGACUUUCUUGCAUCAAAUAAGUGAGUUCUAUGAAAUAGUUGUCUUUACAGCAGGAAUGCCAGACUAUGCAAAUUGGGUUAUUGACAACUUCGACACAAAGGGUUUCAUAAAGCAUAGACUUUACAGGCAACACACAUUACAAAUAUAAAAUACCUUCAUAAAAGAUUUAAGCAGAAUAGGAAGAGAUCUCUCUAAAGUGAUUAUAAUAGAUAAUUUAGCUGAAAACUUUUAAUUUUAGCCUGACAAUGGAAUUUUUAUAAGAGCUUGGACAGACGAUCCAACUGACACUGCUCUAGCUGAGCUUUUACCCUUAUUAAAAGAAAUAGCAGUUAAAAAAAGCUUAGAUGUAAGAGUAGCGCUUAAGAUUUUAAAAGAAUAAAUUUAAAAAAAUAUUGAGGAAGGAAUAGAGUUUCCUCAUUUAAAUUUAAAGCUAUGA